AUGGACGCGACAAAAUUUUCGAAAUUCUUUGGAAAUGUUCCUACCUUUACGAUACCUGGAAGAACAUUUCCUGUGGAUAUAUUUUUUAGUAAAACUGCAAUUGAAGACUAUGUAGAUGGAGCUGUUAAACAAGCACUGCAGAUUCACUUACAACCUAGUAAAGGUGAUAUCUUAAUUUUUAUGCCUGGACAAGAAGAUAUUGAAGUUACUUGCGACCUUAUUACAGAGCGCCUUGGUGAGGUAGAAGGAGCACCUCCAUUGACUGUCUUGCCUAUAUAUUCCCAACUUCCAUCAGACUUGCAAGCUAAAAUUUUUCACCGCGCCCCUGAUGGUGUCCGAAAAUGUGUAGUUGCUACUAACAUUGCCGAGACUUCAUUAACUGUUGAUGGAAUUAUGUACGUAAUUGACUGCGGAUACUGUAAACUGAAAGUAUACAAUCCUAAAAUUGGUAUGGACGCUCUUCAAGUUUUUCCAAUUAGCCAAGCAAAUGCUAACCAAAGGUCUGGCCGAGCUGGUAGAACUGGGCCUGGACAAUGCUUUCGAUUGUAUAAUGAAUCGGCUUACAAGAACGAACUCUUAAUAACAAAUGUCCCCGAAAUACAAAGAACCAACUUGGCAAAUGUUGUAUUGCUGCUGAAAUCAUUAGGAGUAAACAAUUUGCUUGAGUUUCACUUCAUGGAUCCGCCGCCACAAGAUAAUAUACUUAAUUCAAUGUAUCAGUUGUGGGUUCUUGGCGCCUUAGAUAAUACUGGUAUGCUAACGCCUCUGGGUCGUCAAAUGGUUGAGUUUCCUCUUGAUCCCGCUCUAUCAAAAAUGCUUAUUGUAUCAGUUGAUAUGGAAUGCAGUGCGGAAAUUUUGACAAUUGUCUCGAUGUUAUCCGUGCCAACAAUAUUCUACCGCCCAAAAGGGAGGGAAGAAGAGAGCGAUAGUAUUCGUGAAAAAUUUUCCGUUCCUGAAAGUGAUCAUUUAACUUACCUUCACGUUUAUCAACAAUGGAAAACUAAUAACUAUUCAUCAUCAUGGUGUACACAACACUUCCUCCAUUUCAAAGCUUUGCGUAAGGUGAGGGAAGUUCGUUCUCAACUUACCGACAUUAUGCAUCAGCAGAACUUGAAGAUCGUAUCUUGCGGAACUGACUGGGAUAUCUGUAGAAAAUGUAUUUGUUCAUCAUAUUUUCACCAAGCUGCAAGACUGAAGGGUAUUGGUGAAUAUGUAAAUAUGAGAACCGGCAUGCCAUGCAAUUUACAUCCGACAAGUUCCUUAUAUGGUAUGGGAUUUACGCCCGACUAUAUUGUAUAUCAUGAACUGGUUAUGACAACAAAAGAGUACAUGCAAUGUGUAACUUCAGUAGAAGGGGAGUGGUUAGCUGAAUUAGGGCCCAUGUUCUAUACUAUUAAAGAGACGACAAAAGACGCUCAGUCAAGGCGUAAGAAAGCACUAGAACAGCAAAGUGUCAUGGAAUCUGAAAUGGAAGCUGCAGCAGAAUUACUCAAGAGUAGAAAGGAAAAGGAAAAUGUCACAACAAGAAUCGACGCUAAAAAAAAUAGAAUAGAAACACCUGGUAAGUUUACUGGCAAGGAUGCACCAACACCACGUAGGACCCCACGUCAGUUUGGUUUAUAA